AUUCAUAAAGCCAAGCUCCGCCCAGUCCUAUAGAAUAAUAGCCGCUGGGGGCUCUCCGCAGCGGCGGCUGCUACCCGGUGGGUUCUCGUCUAGACCCGGCAGCCGGCCCCGAGCGCUAUGGCUGGAUCGACCGCGUCCCGUCUCCGCGUGCUGGUGGACAUGGACGGGGUGCUGGCUGACUUCGAGGGCGGCGUGCUGCGGGCUUUCCUCGCCCGCUACCCUGGGGAGCCCCACGUGGAGCUGGCGGAACGGAGGGGCUUCUCGGUCCGGGAGCAGUACCGCCGCCUGCGGGCGGACCUGGCGGCUAAGGUAGCCAGUGUCUAUGAGUCACCUGGCUUCUUUCUGGGGUUGGAGCCGAUUCCAGGAGCCAUUGAAGCCAUGCAGGAAAUGAUCCAUAUGCAGGACACUGAAGUUUUUAUUUGCACGAGCCCCCUGAUGAAGUAUGAGCACUGCAUCCCGGAGAAGUACAGCUGGGUGGAAAAAUACUUGGGUCCUAAGUUUGUGGAGCGACUGAUUCUGACCCAGGAUAAAACCGUUGUGUCAGCUGACCUCCUGGUUGAUGACAAAGACACCAUUAAAGGUGCGGAGCCUAAGCCAAGUUGGGAACACAUCUUGUUCACUUGCUGCCAUAACAAGCAUCUAGAACUUCACACCCCACGCAGGCGGCUGCAGUCAUGGGCCGAUGACUGGAGGGGGAUAGUGGAAAGCAAACGCAGAAGCAAUGUGGAAAAAGAAUGCUAUGCUAGUCUCACUGCCAAUGGGAACUGAUAAGUCGGGAACUGGCAACAAAAUCCCAUUUAAAGAAAGUGCACUGACUUGGGUAGGGGCAGUUUUAAGGGCCAAAGAUACAAAGCUUCUUUUUUUUGAGAUUUGUAUCUUCUUUAGACUAUUUCUGAAAUGUUGUUGCAAUUAAAUUACUGAAUCUUUA